CCUACACAAUCUUAGGCAGGUGGUUUUAAUGUUGUGGCUUAUCGGUGUAUGUGCAUUGUUAACAAUGUCAUUUUUGUCAUUAUUAAAUACAGACAUUUAAAAAAGAAACCAUCCGCUCCAUGCAAAUAACCUGAAACUGUAUUUGUGUUUCUGGCUUUUUAACAGCAACCAAAAACUCACCAAAGUCGUUAUCUCUCUUUUGCAACUUUAUCCUCGGAACACAUGAAUGCUUUCGAAUCACAUGAGAGUCUUUUAGAAAUGAUCUCAGCGAUGGUGCAUUAAAGUGCUCUGAGGUUGAUCCCUGAAAGUACCAUAAAGAGUUUGUUUUGAUUGGCGUUUGAUCAUAGUCUCUGAGCCUUUUGAACGAUGGGGCCUUAAAGAACUGCUCACUGUUUGGGAGUUGGCAGCCGACCCAAAACCAAAAUUGUAUCCUCAAAUGAACUUUAAUGCAAUGUACAACACAACAUGUGUGCCAAGUCCCAACUCCCCACUUACAGGACCAAUUGUAAACAAGCAGGAAAAUUAAGACAGAAUCAAAAUGCAUGAGAAUUAGAGACAGAAUGAGAAAUAGAACAGAACUAAUGUGCUAGAAGAAAAGAACAUAUUUUAAUGAUAAGCACAGAUUUCACAGAUUUCAAUGCACAAUCGACAGUUAAGCUCAGUUGACAGUUUUUUGUGGCAUAAUGUUGAUUACCACAAAAAUUUAUUUCGACUUGUCCAAAAUAGCCACAAGAUGUAAAAAGUGUUUGCAACAUGAUUUUUGUGUGAUAAAAAUGCAGACUAACCUUUUCUGUAAUUAUAUCCAGUUUUAAAGGUAGUUGCCAUUACACUUAAAGAAAGCAAAGAAUCUGGGUUCCAGUGAGGCACUUACAAUGGAAGUGAAUGGGGCUGAUCUGUAAAUGUUAAAAUACUCACUGUUUCAAAGUAUAGCCUCAAGACAUAAACAAUAUACAUGUUAACAUGAUUUUAUCUUUUCUGUAAAAACUUACAUCCAAUUUUACAACUUUGUUGCCAUGACAACGUAACAGUGUAAACCCUAAAACGACUGUAAAAACAAUGAUUUGAAGAAAUGUUUUGGGUUCAAUACAAAUAAAGCCCAAUUGACAGCAUUUGUGGCAUAAUGUUGAUUACCACAAAAAAUAAUUUUGCUCCCUCCUGUUCUUUAUAAAAAGCAAAAAUCUGGGUUACAGUGAGGCACUUACAAUGGAGGUGAAUGGGUCCAAUUUUUCGAGGGUUUAAAGGCAGAAAUGUGAAGCUUACAAUUUUAUAAAAGCAUUUACAUUAAUUCUUCUCUUAAAACUUGUGUAUUUUUUGAGCUGUAAAGUUGUUUAAAUCAAAGUUUUUACAGUCUUUUUAGGGUUUAUGGUGUUAACCUCCUGAGCCCCAGAGCUUGACUGCUGUGUGCAUUUUCCAUUUCCCUUUUUGAUUUGUAACUAGUAGCACCAAAUAAACAUGCAAAAAAAAAAAAAAAAAAAAAAUUGUUUUCUAGAACAAAUAGUUUUCCUACAAUUGAUGUCCACAUAUGUGGACAAUGGGACUAAUUUGUGAAAUGUAAAAAAAUAUCAAGCUAUAGAAAGUCAGAUUUUUAAAAAAUCUAAUUGUUUGUUAUGUUUCCAGGAGUGUUGGUUAUUCAUGUUUUUGAACUGCUUUGGAACAAUGUGUAUUGGGAAAAACAAAUAAUAAAAAAAAAAAAAACUAUUAAAAUACAAAUUAUGUAAGCUUGAUUUGACUUUUGUUUAAAGUUUUUUCUACAUUGGCAUCACAAUCUCAAUGUUCUGUAUUUGCACUGUCAAACAAACAAGUUAUAGCCAAUGCUGAAGCCUUUUACCGAUCAGAAAUUAGCACAAAUAUUUCUGAUUCAAAGUAAUGUCCAGCAUCAUCCAGUCACUGCCAACCAUAUUAAAAUACAAUGAUACAUAACAAAUUCUGAUGCUCCCUUACUCCAUAUUUAAUGAAUGACUAACCUCCAGGGUGCUGUCUGUCUGCACUGGUCUCAGAACAGUCCAUAUAAACUCCAUAUAAAGCAUCUGAAAGCUACAUUUUUCAUCUUUUGUAUGCACACAUUGAUUCUCAAUGUGAUAAUGCACAGUAAAUAUUGGAUUUCUAAGGGGAAAUUGUGCUGAAGUACACAUUAGUGUACAUUGUGUUUAGCAUUGUGGCAUUUCACGAUAAAUCGCUCAAAUUUUCAAAAUGGCAUAUCGGACUCUAAUCUUUUGACUGAAACAGGUUUCAAUGUAAAAACAUAGCUAGGUUUCUUACCAGAUGUAGUUUUGUUGGUGUUUCUCCCAAAGACAAACUCCGCUGGGAUCAGUGCCAUGUUGUUUUGUCACAUGACUCAGUGCGUCGAAAGUUUAACCCUUUAAUGACAGCCCAGAGUGUUCGGAACUGAGAUCAGUCAGAUUAAAUUCAUUUAAAUUAUGCGAUGCAGAUAGCAGACCCAAAACACAACAUCCACGUGUGUGUACAAGGGUCACACAAGGUUAAAGAAAAGGAGGAACACGUUGAAAUUCAUUUUUUAUGGUUAUCAACAUUAUGUCACAAAUGCUGUCGAUUGAGGUUAACUUGUAUUAAACCCAGAACAUUCCUUUAAAUGCAUCUUGCACACAGUCUUCAGGCUUAAUGUUUGUUGUACUAAACAAUCCUAAAUGAAGCCUAAAUGUAGGUUUAAUUUUUUUAUGCAAAAAGUAAUAUUUAUGUUUUGUUUGUUUGUUUGUUUUGUAUUGAUUUGAGGUUAAAUAUGACUUGGAAAUUUUCUUGACAGGUUACAUGAGAAUCACCCAGGUAGGCCAUAGCGUGGCUGCAGUGUGUGUGUAAACCUGUGAACGUGUGAGUGUGUGUGCGGUCACUGCAGAUGAAAUCUUCCUGCAAACUGCGACAGAUGUUUCACCUCCAGUAGAGCCGAGACUGUCUCACACGGUUCUUGAAUCCUAGUCAGGCCAGUGGGAGGAGGUUCCACUAAUGUUUGUAGAUGUAGGCGCUCCACGAAGCAGGCAGAAAGACAACCCACCUCUGCAAGCUUCAUUUUCCCAGAAACCAUCGUUCUCAAAGGUUGUCCCUCAAGGCGUGAUUUUACUGGUGAGAACUUUCUUUUGUAGUUUUAUUUACUUAUUUUGUUGUUUAAUUGCAUGAAAGCUUGAUUAAAGCUUUGAAGAUUGAGAUAUUUCAGCAACAGAGUGUAAGUGGUGGUUGGUAACGGGUGUGAUUGCAUGUUUGUGGGUGAACCGGAGUCUGUGUCAUGCUUUCCUCCUCUCUAAAGCCCUCCCUCCUCAUGGUCGUGCUCACUGGCUAAUACGAUGAGUAAAAAAAAAAAAAGAUUUGCCUACGUACUCCACUGCCUCUCAGUUUCAUCAUCAACUCCUUUCCCUCCACUUCAGUUUUCCCUCUCCCCUCUAUCUAAUUCCCUCCCCCUCUCUCUCUCUCUCUCUCUCACUCGCUCUCACAGAUAGAAGCGAAAAAAGCUUCUACCGCUGUUUCCACAGUACAGUCUCCUCCCCUUUACCCAGUCUGUGCCAAGAGAAGGAGGGAUCUCUACUACUCUCUGGAUUUUAACCCCCUAGCCCGAGCCAUUGACUAAAGCUGCUUCUCUCCUCUCUUUUUUCUGUGCAACUUUCCAGUUUUUCCAGUAUUUUCACCCAUCUUUUUGUCACAUCCCUAACCUGUGUCGGCAUGUUCUUGUUUGGUUUUGUCACCUCGAGUCGCCUUCAACUGGAGCAUUUACUGUGGUGCGCUGGUAUUCCUCAUCGAUCAUGGGGUUAACGGAUCCUGAGCUUUGAAAAUGGCCGUGUUCUCCCUGCUUGUUGCGUGUCUCAGAGAAGGGAGGCGCCAACAGUUCUAUCACUUUAGCUCCACCUCUCUCUCUCUCUUGCUCAUACGCACACAUACAGAGCUUCUUUCUCUCUUUCCUCGCUCUGAAAGGAGAGCAGGAGGGCGGUGUGGUGUUGGAGCCUUUUCUGGGACAGGUGCCAAUUCCAAACAAAAGACAUAAAAAGGCAAUGAGUGAGAGAUGCCUCGAACGAAAGAAAGAAAUAUGUUGCACGAUGAUACGAAAGAGCAAGUUUGUGGUGGCCAUGUGUGCAAUUGCGCGUGAACGUGGAGCGAGGCUGGUGAAGUGAGUAGAAAAGACCUUCAGCACUUGCCUGGAAUGUUUCUUCCAAUCUACUUUUAUUGGAUGGCAGACUCAGGAGGUGACUGUCUACCUUCUUAUGUCGGUGACCUUGAUGGUUGUGAAGGAUCCCAGACUGAAGCUUGAUAGUGAUAUCACUGAAGAUUGAUGAUUGAUUCACAGCUUGCCGUGGUCCAGCACCAUGGUAGACAUGCCGAGUCUGUACAGUCCCUCGUCCCUGCUGGGUGAUCCGAUGCUGGACAGGUCUCUUUGUGGAGACCUCAAUGGUGAUCUGGAGGAGCUAGAGGACAUCUCUCAGUCUCUUCAUGAUGAUACCUUCAGUUCUCUACACAUACUGGAGUACCAGAGCUACAACACAGUGUUAGACAGCUCCACUGGCCUAGAUGUCUUAACGCCAGCUUCUAGUCCAUCCUCAGGAGUGUUUGCAGCCAGCACUGGUCAGGAUGGGAACUCCUCUAGUUCACUUACCCUGGAGUGCCGCGUCUGUGCCGACCGUGCCUCGGGUUUCCACUACGGAGUGCAUGCCUGCGAAGGCUGCAAAGGGUUCUUCAGGAGAACCAUUCGACUCAAAUUGGAAUAUGACAAGUGUGAACGCAACUGUAAGAUCCAGAAGAAGAACCGAAACAAGUGUCAAUACUGCCGUUUCCACAAGUGCCUUGCGGUGGGCAUGUCCCACAAUGCCAUUCGAUUCGGGCGAAUGCCUCAGUCUGAGAAGCACAGGCUGAGAGCAGAGCAGGAGAUUGGGGAGAAAGAAGAGCGCGAGUCCCAGCAGCCCGACACUAAGACUCUAGCCAGGCUGAUCCAUGACGCCUACCUCAAACACUUCCACAUGAACAAAGCCAAAGCACGUGUCUUUCUCACAGGCAAGACUUGCUCUCCGCCCUUCGUCAUCCAUGACCUAGACACUCUGCAGCACGCUGAGCAGACUUUGGUCACCCAACUUCUGGGGAACAUGGCAGCCGGUGAUGCCUCUGCUCUACAGGAGAGAGAAGUCGAGGCCCGGCUCUUUCUUUGCUGUCAGUAUGCUUCAGUGGAGACGGUCACAGAACUCACAGAGUUUGCCAAAGCUGUACCUGGCUUUGCUGCCCUAGAUCUUAACGACCAGGUGACUCUGCUGAAGUAUGGUGUGUAUGAGGCGCUGUUUGCCCUGCUGGCCUCCUGUAUGAAUAAAGAUGGACUGCUGGUGGCUCGUGGUGCAGGCUUUAUCACUCGCGAGUUUCUGAAAAGCCUGCGCAAGCCCUUCAGUGACAUGAUGGAGCCAAAAUUUCAGUUCGCUAUGAGGUUCAAUGCUCUAGAACUCGACGACAGCGACCUGGCACUGUUUGUGGCGGCCAUUAUCUGCUGUGGAGAUCGUCCAGGACUGAGCAAUGUGUCCCAUAUCGAGUGCAUCCAGGAGACCAUAAUUCACGCUCUACGGCUCCACCUGUUGGCCAACCAUCCUGACAACACUUUACUCUUUCCCAAGCUGCUACAGAAACUGGCUGACCUGCGACAGCUUGUGACAGAGCAUGCAGAGCUUGUCCAGGAGAUCAAGAAGACAAAUGAUGCUUCACUCCAUCCACUUCUGCAGGAGAUCUACAGAGAUAUGUACUGAGCACACAAUCUCUCCCCUUAACUAGGGUGAUGAUGACUCCAUAGAUGUUUUUAGGAAGUGCUAAUACAUGAGAGACCCCUCUAUCUUUGGGACAGGAGAUUAAGGAAGUCUUUGAGUAGAGGGAUUAGUUAUAGGAAGACAGAUGGGGUGCACAGAUGCUUUGAAUCAUGCACUGCUGGGGUGUGAUAGGGCAAACCCACUGGGUCAUGACACUGGCCAUUGUAAGGACACUGUCCAAAAUCUUCUAGGAAAGUGCAACCGAUGUUGUCUGCUCAUAACUUUUGGGCUGCCCCCGCAAAAAGCCGCUCUCCAUAAACUUCUGCCAAAUAAACUGCCAAGAGCUACCUGGAAUAACAUGCUAUUGUUGUACCGGUGACUCUGUACUGAAAGCUGUGAUUAUAAUGUUUUAAUGUUAGAAAGUGAGAUAUAUAUAUAUAUAUAUAUACAGAGCCAUAGAAAUCAGACUGCUUUUUACCUCACUUGAAACACCUGUAUAUUAAACGUCAUUUGUACAAUCUUUUGUAUUAUUGUACACUGUAUAGCACUCCAACUGUAAUUUUAUAGCACAAUCAAGGACUGUUUAUGUAUUUUGAAACAUUGAACUUACAUUUAGGAGACUAAUGUGAUAUUUUGUAUAAGAUUUACAUGUAGUGCAGGUCCCAAAGGACACUUUCAGAUUUGACCACAUGCUGAACAUCAGAUCACUUUUUAGAAACUGUUCUUUCUCAGUACUUGAUUUGUAAAUUAUUGUGUUUUUUGAAUGUGAAGUUUUGCAGUAAUGUCAGGAAAAAUUAACUCUUAGAAUUGAGUGCAAAAUCAACUUGCCGACACAAUCCACAAGGCACUUAAACGUCAGAAAAUGUUGUUAUAGUUUGUGGUUAUUGCAAUGUUAUUAAAUAUUUUAUUUUUAAUUGAGAUCUUUGAGUGUGAAUGGACUGAUAAAUAAAAUGGAGUUAUUUUUUAAAUUUUUUUUAUUAAAUCUAAAGUUGAUAAAAGGCAUUUAAAGGUGUACUCAGUAAGCUUUUGUUUAUAUUGUUUUGGACUUUCACUGACAACUUGCGGUGUAGAUGCAGCAUCAUUCAAACGCAAUAGUUUUCAGUUAAAGAUGCCAUUGCAGAGAAUCACUGUUCAUUGAUUAAUUUAAUCCAUGAGUGAAACUGUCCAAUAUCAGGUCAUGCUGAGAUUAAGCGAGUAGUAUUCAGCUGAUCAUGUCAUUUUAACAUGGCAGCCCCCAUGAGGGGACCCCUCUCAAUGUUGAAUAAAACAGCUU